AUGGUGAUGGUGAUGAUGAAUAACUCAGGGAAAGAUGGUUUUCUAGCAGACGAGUUGAAAAACAAAGGCAAUAAAGCUUUCGCUAAUAAGCAGUACAGAGAAGCGGCAAAGUUGUACGGAGAUGCAAUUCAAUUGGAUGUGUAUAAUCCAAUAUUAUAUGCAAAUCGAGCACAAUGCUUUUUAAACCUAGGUGAAUAUGAUAGAGCCUAUAAGGAUUCCAUACUGGGCUUGAAUUUGGGAGAAUCCCUACAAACAAAGAUAAAACUCAACUUUAGAAAAGCAAUGGCAUUGAAAGGGUUGAAACGCUGGCAACAUGCGAGAGAAGCAUUUAAUGAUGUUUUGGCUCUAGAUCCAUCAAAUCUUGCUACUAAAAAUGAGCUUCAAAAGUUACCCAUAACAACACCUAAUUCUUCCACCUUCACCUCCAUCACUAGCCAAGAUAAAGAAAUAUCAAUUGAAAAGGUUGACAAACUACCGGAACCAUUUGCAAGUCUCAUUAAUGAUAAGCCAGAGCCAGAGAUGGUGUCCGAGCCAAAAUCAAAAGCACAACUAAAGUCCAAUACUUGUGCACAAACAGGAGUUACAAACACUGAUGAAAAACAUCUGAAUAGUGACACAUCCGCAUUGAACACAGAAAUCAAGAACUUGUUUGGAGAUCAGUCAUUCAAUGACAAGGAGAAGGAGAAGGAGAAGGAGGAGGAGAAAAAGAAGAAUUCGAGAAAAGAAUCUAGCACUUCCGAUAUCAAGGAGCUGCCAUUGAAACUAUUGAGUGUCCUCAAGAACCUUCCACAGUCAAGGAAAUUGAAUGCAUACCAAUACGUCUUAGGUCUAGAUAGUCAAUCCAAUUCAGAGUUAUUCGAGGAAUCUGGAAUUGACCCUGAUUUUUUACAAUUUUUUCUUGAAGCUUCACAGUACGCAUUAACUUCUAAUCUUCCACAAGCUGCCCAUAUCAUUUUGAAUCAUUUGAAACAGUAUGCUAGUAUGAAAAGAUUCGACUUAGCAAUCACAAUAUGCGAUGAAUCAGUCAAGGAAUCUAUUUUGAAUGAAGUAGAAAAACACCAUUCGCAAUAUUUAACAGCAUUCAAACAGUAUAUACGGCGAUGA